UUUGCAAAUUUCUUACCGGCAGAAACUUGACAGGUAGCUUAAACAUUAAAGUAAAUAACGAUGUCUGAGACUAAAAACUGCCGCAGUUCAUCUUCAACGCUCGAUGAAAGAGUUUUUACACCUGAUAUUCUGGUUUCUGAGAGCGAUGAGAAGUUCUUCCGGUCUCUAUAUGAGUUUAUCGAACAUGAGAAGAAGUAUCUGCAGAGUCCAGAGGAAGGUCCGGACGAGCUGAGAUACAUCAUCUACCGCUCCGUGUUUCAUAAGGUGAUUGGACGAGCCACAGCCUAUAAGAGGCUUCUGUUGACCAUAAAGGCCGAAUAUGACGACACCAUCAAGGAGCUGAAGAGGAGGGAGGAUGAAGUCCAGGCGGCUCAGCGGUCUGAGUUGUCUUCCAUGUCGCAGGUAGAAUCACUGAUGACCUGCAGGAGACGAGCUGCUCAGCUGACAAACAGAAUUUCCAUCCUUCAGACUAAAACAGCAGAACUUGAAGAUCAGAUCAACAGACUGAAGUCAAGCAGAGACCAGAGCAGCUGGAUCCCAGGUGUGACAGUGGCUCAGUCUUAUCAUCUCGACUUUCUGGACCAACACCUGGAGGAGCUGAAGAGUCGCAGAGCUGCUCUGAUGGACACCAAGAGUCGGUGUGUUCCUCUGGAUGUCAGAAACAAGAUGGAUGUUGAGCUGCAGUCCGCCGAGCGCCGCAGAGAAAAGCUGAACACCGAGAACCGAAACCUGAGAAUCCUAUACAUACGUCUGAAGAAAGUGUGCGACCGUCUCAGCAGCUGGGAGGAGGAAGAAGAAAAGGUUCCUCUGGAGGAACUCAUCAGUUCCACACUGGACAACAUUAGACAGACUGACACUGUGUUGGACAAAGACCCUCGCAGGUUCGACGCUGAGCUGUUUGAGAGCCAAGAGCCGAAAGGAUUGGACGAGUCCAUCCUCCUGAGAGCUCACCUGGACAGGUUCAUGGAGCUCUUUGACUCGGCUCAGUAUGAGGAAGCUGCUGUCCUCGCUGCCAGAAACCCUCCAGGAGUCCUGAGGAACCUCGACACCAUGGAGAUGUUUAAGGGUGUGUCGGGCCCUCCAGGCUCCGCCCCUCCAGGCUCCGCCCCUCCAUCCCUCCUGUUCUUCAGAGCUCUGCUGAUCAGCGUCCAGACCGGCGGUGAGCUGUCGGCUGAUUUAUCUCUGCAGGGCGUCAUCUGUGCUCUGCAGCAGGGAGACCUGAGGCUGGUCGUCUACGCCGUCACCCAGAACAUACUCACUUUCUCCGAGGAGCUGGGCGACGUGCUGACUGAGCAUGCUCAGAAGAACUCCCCCGUGGCCGACACAUGUCUGGCAUUGGCCACCGUCGUCUACCAGGCCUGCGGGCUGCACAGGAAGUCUGCACUGAGCAUGUGCAGGAGAGGUCUGAUCCAUGGCGCCGCAGAGUUCAUGAAGCACUGUAGCGAUGUCACAGCCGGUCAGUGUGUGGGUUUAAAACAGUACCCUCGCAGGUUCGACGCUGAGCUGUUUGAGAGCCAAGAGCCGAAAGGAUUGGACGAGUCCAUCCUCCUGAGAGCUCACCUGGACAGGUUCAUGGAGCUCUUUGACUCGGCUCAGUAUGAGGAAGCUGCUGUCCUCGCUGCCAGAAACCCUCCAGGAGUCCUGAGGAACCUCGACACCAUGGAGAUGUUUAAGGGUGUGUCGGGCCCUCCAGGCUCCGCCCCUCCAGGCUCCGCCCCUCCAUCCCUCCUGUUCUUCAGAGCUCUGCUGAUCAGCGUCCAGACCGGCGGUGAGCUGUCGGCUGAUUUAUCUCUGCAGGGCGUCAUCUGUGCUCUGCAGCAGGGAGACCUGAGGCUGGUCGUCUACGCCGUCACCCAGAACAUACUCACUUUCUCCGAGGAGCUGGGCGACGUGCUGACUGAGCAUGCUCAGAAGAACUCCCCCGUGGCCGACACAUGUCUGGCAUUGGCCACCGUCGUCUACCAGGCCUGCGGGCUGCACAGGAAGUCUGCACUGAGCAUGUGCAGGAGAGGUCUGAUCCAUGGCGCCGCAGAGUUCAUGAAGCACUGUAGCGAUGUCACAGCCGAGGACUGUAUGUGGCUUCUAUGUCGCUCGCCCAGCCUCUCCCUCCUCCAGCUGCUGAUGGAGCCUCCACAGGGCCGGGCGGCCAUCUUGUCAGUGGGCGUGGCCUGUGUAGCUCUGCUGGUCGACCCUCAGCAUCAGCAGUUAGCGCUACAGCUGCUGGACAGUUUCAUCUGCCGAGGACCUGGGGUUUUGCAGGAGGCGAUCCUGGAGGACGCGGCUCCUCAGGUGGACGUUUGGAACGACGUGGCGUCUCUGUGUUCUGGGCUGAACCGGGCCGACCUGAGCCGAGCCGUUCUGUCCGUCCUGCUGGAGCAGAGCGGAACCAGAAUCCUGAGUCCAGACCUGCAGGGAGCAGAACUCAUGGAGCACAUCUUCCUGUAAACAUGAAGAUGCUGACAGUGCAUGAAGACUCUUGUGUUCACUUCUGUAGCCAACAGCAGAACAUUUGAAGCUGCUACUCAAUGACGUGUGUCAUCAACACAACUAUGGAAAUCACCCAGAGGAAGCAUGAAACCCUCCUGCAGCUGUAAACAGACAUGACAAACACACUUUUAGUCUGAUUUCCCUGCAAAAAUACACACUGACCUUCUGCCACGCUUUAAAUUAGUCCAUCUUCAUGUAAUCUGAGCUGUACAGGUGAUCCUGGGGUCCGUUUCACGAGUUUAACCCUGAACUCUGAGUUGAUCUACUCUGAGAUAGAAAACUCUGAGUUUUCGGUUUCACAACGGCUGAUUUGAGUUGGUUUAAUCAAGUCGGAGUAGUUUCACCCGGAGUUAAGCGCGUGCACCACAGCUCUGAAAAGCCAGUAUCAAUGGAGCGCCGAUUCGACGAGUCACCAUGGCAACGGGGAAGCGGAGGACUACACCGUUUGAAUUGGAAAUCUUAAUGCGCUUAUAUAGCGAGUUUGAACACGUUUUUAGAAAGAAGUGCAACACCUGCAGCUGCAAAAGAGAGGGAGACGGCGUGGGAGAACAUUGCUGCCCGGGUCAAUGCUUAAGUUUAAAUCACAAUAAUAUUACAGGGAAAACUGUUUGAAUAGUAGACUAUUAAGUUAUUUCAUUUAGGUGCAAUCCUGCAGGGGAGAAGCGCAUGUGGCAGCAGCUGAAGAUGAAAUAUAAAAACAUUGUUCAAACAGCCAACAGAAAGAAAGCAGAUGCCUGUAAAAAGGGAGGUGGCCCAGCACCACCACCUGUAACGGAGGCAGAGGAGCUGGUCCUAAGCCAGAAUUUGGGAAGGUCAUUGGCUGAGGGAAUCCCUGGAGGGAGCUCAUCCUCUGAGACCACAUCCCAAGACACAAGUGCUUUUAUAAAAUAUUGUGAUGGUACUAUCUGCCUGGUGGAGCCCCUUCACACCACAACACACCUUGUAACUGAUGAAGAGGAUGAAACUGUGUCUGCUGCCUUUACAGAGGGGGAUCCAGAAAGGCAUCUAGAGAGCAUGGCUGGACAGCAGCAGGAUGCUUCCUCAACUUCCACUGCACAGAUUGACACAGUGAGAUGGAUGUUCAGUAAACACCAGAGGUUCAGUCCAUGGAAUUCAUGUGCAACUGUAUAAUUUAAUGUCCUUUAUGUAUUCCCAGUUACCAGUAAAACAAAUAUACAAAAUCCACUUGCUGAGAAAAAUACAAAAAACAGAUAAAGAAAUGCAGUACUUGGACCUCCAGAUUAAGAAGGCAGAUCUGGAAAUUGAAAUACUGGAGCACAAGUUAGAGGUGGAUGCAGGUCACAGGUGAAUUAUGUUAACUACUGGAACAUGAACUAAACUAGCUCUUUUAUUUGUAGGAAAUAAAGAAGACCAAAUGAAAUGUGUGUCAUGUGUUUAUUUGACUGCUGUGGUGGUGAUGAUGGUGACUUAAACUCUAAAGUGAUUAUUGCAUAUGGUGUCUCUGACUGCUCUGCUGUCCUGGAUAGCUGGCAGGUGGAUGAGGUCAUCAUCUGGGUCUUCAGUUUGUAGGGCAGAGUGUUGCUCUCCUCUAAUAGUGGUAAUAAUAUGAAGAACAACACAUGCCACAAUAAUAUCACAGGCCUCUCAGGAGUCACCCUGAGGUGAUGUAGACACUGGAAACAGGCUUUCAGCAGGUCUAUGGUCAUCUCCACCCGGGCUCUCAUCCUGCAGUGAGCCCGGUUGAAGUUCUGUUGGGGGCCUGGUUCAGGGUCAGGGUAUGAGGUCAUCAGCCUGGGUUGGCAUGGUAACCCCUGUCACC